AUGGAUACUAAAGCACAAGUGGUAGAGUAUGAUAUGGCUUUUCCUCGUGCACUAGAGACGAAGUUGGCCUAUGUCUCGGCUCGUUGUGGUAAAACCACGUGUGAGAUUACGCCAGCUACACAGAAGAAGAAAGCUAGCGUCAAGGUACCUGAGGAUGUUACACUCUACACGAUAUUUCUGGAUAAACCCCUGGAUAAAGGGGAAAUGGGAUCAGUGAAGGUGUCGGCUUACUUUACUCGUACGCUGAAGCCGUAUCCAGCGGAAAUCAAACAGAGUGAAGACCAGCUUGUGCUUUUUGAUGCGAGCUACCUCGUUACUUCGCCUUAUGUGACUAAAAAGCAGGCUACGAAGCUGAAAUUGUCGACGAGCAAAGUGGAGAGUAUUCAUGCAGCUGAGCCCGUCGCUAGGAAGGGAUUUGUGGUCAUCCUUGGACCGUAUAAUGACAUCAAUGCAUUUGCUGCUGGGAUGGAGGCUUCACCUCUGAGUGUGCAUUACAAGAACCACGCACCGUUUGCAACCAUCACCAAGCUUACACGUGAGAUUGAAGUGUCCAUGUGGGGUCGUGUGUCGUUUGAGGAGGUGUACGACAUGGAGCACACUGGUGCCAAGCUUAAGGGCGGUUUUUCCCGGUUUGACUAUAUGCACCUCCAGCAUCGCAGCGCGUCGUUUUACGAGAUGCAUGCACACCUGCCGAAGGACUCAGUGAACGUGUACUACCGUGAUCAGAUUGGCAACGUCUCCACUUCGUCUCUGCGACCCGCUGGCCGCACGGGCUCGUACCAGGAUCUCAAGUUUGAGCCACGCUUUCCUAUGUUUGGCGGCUGGAAGAACCAGUGGUACAUGGGCUACUCGGUCCCCACGCACUCGGUGCUGACUCGCAGCGGUGAUAAGUUUAAGCUGAAGGUUGACUUUUCUACACCUGUUAAGGGUGUUGCCGUGGAUGAUCUCGUGGUCAAGGUGAUUCUACCGGAAGGUGCCACUAAUGUACAGGUGAAAGUGCCGUUUAGCGUGGAUAGCACAAGCAGGACCACACGCCAGACUUACUUGGACACACCUGCAAUUGGCCGGCCUGUGGUGAUUUUGAGCAAGAAGAACGUAGUGGCUGCCCACAACAAGCCGUUUGAAGUGACUUUUGACUUCCCGCAGUACUUCAUGAUGCACGAGCCGCUACUGCUGGUAUUUGGCUUCCUGUCUAUUUUCAUCGUUAGCAUGUGUCUCUUCCGUCUGGACAUCAGCAUUGCGAAGAAGCCGAUGCAAAAGAUGAAGACAGAAUAA